UUAUUGACGGGGACAAGUGUGCGCAAAAAUUUUAUUACGGAAUAAACGAGCGUAAUCGUGUUCUCCGAUAAUGAUGCGUUACAUCGAUCGUGUUAUUGCAAUACCGAAAACAAAACUCACGCCGACCCGAGCUAUGUUGUUCGCGAAGAUUAGCGUGGCGUUAACGUGCGCCUGGCCGCCACCGUCGUUGGAAACAACGAAAGUCAGUGUCAAUCUGAUCUACAACAUUUGGUGGUACACGUGUUACCUCAGCAGUGUCUUGUUGUUACUCCCGUUAUUGAAUUCGGUUUACGAAUAUCGCAACGAUCCCGUGAUUUUGGCCAAGUCCGUUUGUCUCUCUUGCGCGGUCGUUCAGGUCACGAUCAAGAUGAUGAUGUGUCGCAGUCGGUACACUCGCUUUCAAGCUGUUUAUCGCGAGAUGGAAACGUUUUGCAAACAGGCGGAUGAGAAGACAAACGUUUCGUUGCAGCGCUACGUUGACAGUUACAAGCGCGGUUACGGGAUUUUCAUUUUGUGGUGUUAUUUGACCGCGAUCGGUGUCAUCUGCGGCCCGUUGAUACUCCCGGAACAGUUUCCGACUCCCGCCAAGUAUCCGUUUUCGGUGGAACGACAAUCGGUCAAAGUUGUCAUCUACUUGCAUCAGUCUUUGGUAGGUUUGCAGGCCGCAUCCGGAAUGUGUAUCGACUGCGUCAUCGCGAUUCUUUUGUUUUAUUCCGCGGCGAGAUUAGAACUGUUGGCCCAGAAGAUUCGCGGCACCAAGAACGAGCGCGAUCUCGACAGGUGCAUCGAGCUGCACGACGAAAUAUUGAAUUCCGAAAAGGAUCAACCGACAAUAGUCAAGGCCCAGUACGUCGUCGUGGUGUUCUGCGCCAGCUUGGAGCUUCUCAUGUGCGCUUUGCCAGCUGACAAUUUAAUGCACGUGAGCUGGGAGAUUUGCUCGGCGGCGUACGAGUUGCAAUGGUGCAACGGCAGCAUGAGCAUGCGGAGAAAGAUCGUUCAGAUACUUUUGAGAUCGCAGAAACCGGUAGUCAUUAGAAUCAAUGGCGUUGUUUCGGCCUUGUCGUUGAAUUAUUACGCGAGGUUUUUGUACACAUCUGGAUCGUACUUCACCGCGGUACGUGUGAUGGUCAGUGGGAACGUCAUGGAUUGAUUGAAGAAAGAAUUCGUCUUCUUCUUUGAACCAGAUAAGUUUGCAAUCACACGUUAACUUUGACAUUUUGAUUUUU